ACUUUAAAUUGUAUACGGAUUACAGUUUAAGAUUUAUAUGAUAUAAAUAUUGUUGUUCUUCCUAAGUUAACGAUAAACGAAGUAUUGAUUAAAAUUGUUAUAUAUCACUAGUUAAUAUAACAUUUUACAUAUUUAAAAAUUCAAAUUAACAUAGCAAAAAUGUUUUUUAAAGUUAUAUAUUUACUUAUAGUUUGCGUAAUGCCUACCGUGUACUGUGUAAGAUGCUAUCAAUGUUCGUCGUCACAAAACUUGUUAGAAGAUACAUGUGGGGCUUAUAAGAAGUUUAAUACUGAAAGCCAUAUAGCAGUCGAGUGUAACAGUGAUGAAUCUCACGUGCCUGGUUACUUCUGUAUGAAAUUAACACAACAGGGACCAAAGGGAUUCAUAUGGGAUGGUAGAUGGCGGCAAGUUGUUAGACGUUGCGCAUCCGUUGCUGAGACUGGAGUAACGGGGGUUUGUAACUGGGGUGUUUACGACAAUGGAGUGUAUUGGGAGGAGUGUUAUUGUUCAACCGACGAAUGUAACGACUCAUCUGCUGUUCAUGUCUCUGUUGCUUUAGUUUUAAGUACCAUUGUUAUGGUACUAUUUGGUAAUUAUUUAUUUUGAUGAACUUAGACUCAUACAAGAAAAUAUUAGACUUCAAAAUGCUACAUUAACAAUAAUUAUUUUUAAAAAUAAAAACUCAGACCUAAUGGGGCCAAAAAGAAUGAUUAUCAUGGAAACAAAAAAAACUGCCCAAUGAUAGUUUCAACUACAUUUAUUUAUAUUGAAAGAUCAUUAUUUCAUUCAAUAGUAAAGAAAGAUUGUGGCAAUUUUCACAAAAAUUUUUUUGUACUACCGAAAUACUGAAAGACUAGACCUUAGUUUACUUCACAAUAAUAUUAUAUACAACAUUUAAUUUAAUAUGCUGAUACAAUAGGCUCUUAAAAUUAUUUUCAAUUUUUCUUAAGUACCUAUAUAUCACUCUGUCAUGACUUAAAAUACUGCAAUAUCCAUAGAAAUUCCUAUCUUAUGCUAUCAAAGAGUUGAUGAGCAGUAAUCAUCAUUUGCAUCUAUCUUAAAUUUUGAUCUGAUACAAAAUACUUAAAAAUAUUUUAUAGUUUUUAUAAUAAGUUUUAAUUGUAUUGUGAUUUGUAACUGAUCCGUCCGAGAGCUAUGUUUUUAAUAGUUUUGGUAUCAAUACCUGAUUAAUGUUAUCAUUACUUGUUUAAUGUUGUAAUAAUUAAAGUAUAAAAAUUUAAUAAAUUACUAUAAAAUAA